AUGGGAUUUCACUACCAGAUCGAAGACUAUCUCAUGGUCAUUGCUGUGGCCUUCUACACUGCCUUCGUCGUCACCAACAUCAAGAUCGCUGAGGGAGGGGGAAGCAGCUUGUACCUACCAGGCCAAUAUGAGACCUUUACUGCCGAGGAUAUCAAAGAGCGCAUCACCGGCUCCAAGAUUGAAUUUGCCUCUGAGAAUGCCUGUAUGCUGCUAGUAUACUUUCGACUCACAUCGAAUCUCAAGCAGCACCGAUUCGUGAAAAUAUGCGCGGCCUAUACCUUCUUGGGCUGGUUAGCAACGGAACUGACUUUGUUUCUUAACUGCCAUCCGGUAUCCGGAUACUGGACGCUGCCGCCGCCCCAGCGGGAAUGCGCCACCUACUUCCGUUACGAGGUCGUUCAAUGUGUAUUCAACAUCAGCUCUGAUGUGGCGAUUUUGUUUGUCAUCUUGCCGAUGUUAUUUCGAACCCGAAUGCCAUGGAGGACGAAGAUUCCUGUGUUGGUUGUCUUUUCCAUGGGCAUUGUUGUGAUUCUUUGCGCCAUAAUUUCCAAGUACUUCACCUUUCGUGAUAUCUGGGACUCGAGCUACCAGUUCUGGUACUUGCGUGAGGCUUCCAUCGGCUUAUACGUGACCAAUGCACCAUUCAUUUGGGCCUUGGUCAGGUCGAUGGUCAGCUUCCUCAAAUCAACAACCCAUCCGACGGAUGGAAAGUACAACACACCUCAGUACGGCACAAACCGCAUGUCCCAUGCUCGCUCCAAGCCAGGGACUGACACGCGGUCCACUCGCGUAUUGACGCGCAUGUACGAUAUUGAGACAAUUGGAGACAGCGAGGAGCAUAUCAUCGAGAUGGGCGGGAUCGGGAAGCAUACACAUACCUCAGGCGCCUCGACAGGUGAUAGCGAGCCGGCGGAGUGGGCACACUCCCCAACAGAUCGGAACUCCCCAACAGACCGGAACAGGGAGCAGGACCCUCAUAUUUGGAAAACGACAGAAAUUGUCAUUGAAAAGAGCUAG